CCGGGCUCCCCCCUCAACGCCACUCCACCCAACCCUCCAAAAGAGGAGACUCUCAGCGACCGUCCGAUCUUCAUCUUCCGAAAUCCAUGCCUCUUGCUUUUCCGCUUCAAAACCAGGCAUCAGGCGCUAGCGAAGGUGACCUUCCCGUGCGAGCAGCAGCAGAGCCAAAGAAAUUUUAAUGGGCGGCGGCAGUUCGGCGAGCAGCAGUGGGGAGGAGGACGGCGACGCCGAAUGGAAGGCGGCCAUCGAUUCCGUCGCCGCCGUCAACUUCGGCGUCUCCACCUCCAAUCGCCCCGCCACGCCCCAAUCGGUCGCCGGCGGUUCGACGGCCCCGGACGACCCCCGCAACGGGCAGCUAAAGAAGUCCCAAACCCCUGGUCUCAAGCUCUACCAGAUCAAGGCACAAAAGCUUCUUGAUGAUCUGUUAGAGAAGAGUCUUGAGAUGGUGAUAAAUCCUAUCCCUCUGUCCAAUGACAUUCCUCAAUCAAAUGGUGGUGGCAUUCAGUUAUUCAGAAAAGCACCUCCUGGCAUAAUUUUGGAUCCCAUUGAUACACAUGUACAACCACAAAAAAAACCAAGAAUUCUACCAGGAGAGGAAAUUGAUGAGAAAUCAAAGAAGUUCAGAUGCCAACUUCAAUCUGUCGUUGUUGAUGGCAAUAAUAUUAUGGAUGCAGCGAGAGAGGCAUGCCAGCGAUCUUUGGCUAGAUUUGAAGCUAAAGAAGCUGCAGCAAAGGCAGCAACCAAGAAAGAGGAAGAAAGAGUUUUGGAACUGAAAAAGGUCAGAGGAGAGAAAUGGCUUCCUUCCAUUGCAAGAGAAAUGCAGGGCAAAACUUGAACUCACUGAGGAUGGGGAAGGACAGAAGUUGGCAGCUGAAUUGAAUUCUAUCAGAUCUUCAGAAGCGAAAAGUGCAUUCAGUUUUACCUGAAUGCAGUUGGCAUCGAUUAAUUGAGUAUAGGAAUCAUUCUAUGCUGAUUUCCAUUUGAUAAAUGUGUCACUGUUGGAGGUAUGCUGACUCAUUUUAUACUUUGAGCUUCAUUUACCAAACCUCAAACAUUCCCAUCUUUUGCCGGUGGGGCUCGGGUCUGGCAUAGUGGUUACCUGUUAGUAGAUUCAUGUGUAAUAGAUUAAUGUAGCAUCCUGCUGAAAUGAAGCAAUUUGCUUAUUUACAAGAAUGAAA